CAGCGCAACGGUCGUACGAAAAGAGCUCCCACUUGAGAUUCUGUUUGAGAUUCAGAUACGGUUUCGGUUUCGGUUUGGUUUGGGUUUGUGGAUUGGAUCGGGCUCCAAGUUGCCAGUUCCCAGAAGCGGAAAUCGGAACAGUGCGUGGCGAAUUAAGAAGGCGAUCAAAGAAGGCGCUCCGGCUGCGUAGGUGUACGAGAUCGCAGAACGUAGAUCGCGAAGUGGAGUGGAGCCAGUGCAUCCGAAAGUGUUUCCAUUACCAUUGCAAUCACCGAGGCUCGGAUCGGUUCAGAUGGGCAGCAUGCAAGUGGCGUUGCUGGCGCUGCUUGGUCUCCUCGGCCAGCUAUCCUCUAGCGCCGUGGCCACUGGAUCCUCCUCCACGUCCUCCGCGUCUAACCAGCGACAGAAGGUGGCCCAUUGGUUUCGGGAUAGUAACGACGUUAAGGACAAGAUUUUGGAGCUGCAAUGCUUAGCGAAAUGUGGCGGAAGCAAUCCCUUGAGUAAAACUGGACGGGAACAGUGCCUGGACAAGUGCAUCCAGGAGCUGCUGCUGGGACCCAGAGCCGGCAGCUGCCCCAAAAUUGGCAGGCAGACGCGGGCUAGGCUCUCCUGCCUGGACAACUGCCAGUACGAUCAUGAAUGCCCCGAGGUGCAGAAAUGUUGCGCCUCCAGUUGUGGGCCCAUGUGCGUGGAACCUCUGGGCGUAAGGAACAACACGCUGCUUCCACCGAUACCUAAGAUCCUGUACUUUCGAAGGUCACGGGGUCAUGCAGUCGAUCUGAAGAUUGAAUCCUCGCUGCUGGUCUACUACUUCCAUGUGGAGGUACGAUCCCACAUAGGAAGGUAUUUUGCGGAGAGGAAACUGGGCCCUUGGCAGUGGCAGAAGGUGGAGAAGAUCAUGGAGGAGAACAUAGGACACAGCAAGCACACUUAUAUCUUUUUUCACAUGCGACCAGGACGCUGGUAUGAGGUUCGAGUGGCUGCCGUUAAUGCCUAUGGUUUCCGGGGAUACUCAGAGCCAAGCGAUCCCUUUCCCUCGACAGGCAAUCCCAAGCCUCCCAAGGCGCCAAACGACUCCAAGAUCAUUGCCAAGCAGUUCGAUGGGCGCUAUAUGAACUUGAAGCUGGUAUGGUGCCCCUCCAAGUCGAACCUGCCCGUGGAGAAGUACAAGAUCAGUUGGUCCUUGUAUGUCAGCAGUGCAGAGGCCUCGAUGAUCACCUUGGACACCUAUGUUAAGGAUACCCAUCAGAUCGAGAUCAUGAAACUGCUGCCCAACUCCUCGUACUACAUCCAAGUGCAGGCCAUCUCCUACAUUGGUUCGCGUCGCCUCAAGUCCGAAAAGUUGUCCAUGCUCUUCAAUACGACGCUACAGCCCCUGGAGCCCAUCACACCGCUCCAGUGCUCCGGGAAUGGGAACGGGAAUAGACGCCGGCACCAUCACAUUAGCAGCUCCAUCAGUUCAUCAGAACGGGUCACGACCCCGGCGCCAGCUGGCCUCAAUGAAGUUUCGCCCAAUAUAGCCAACCGGACAACGGCCGCCUCGUAUGAAGUGGGUUUCCGGUUGAACCGGAAGUUCGGCAUGAUUGUGCAGAUUCUGGGCUUCCAGCCGCACAAGGAGAAGGUCUAUGAACUGUGUCCCCAGGAGACGAAUUGCGAGCAGCGAGAGUUCCGCGCUAUUCGCGCCAAAAGGGAUCCGCUGGAGUUCAGCAAACUGAAGUACAACACCACCUACGUGCUGAGGGUACCGCGGUCCAGUCCCAAUUCGGUGCUGGACGACUCCAGGAAUGUCUUCACCUUCACCACGCCCAAGUGCGAAAACUUUCGCAAGAGGUUUCCCAAGCUGCAGAUCAAGUGCAGCGAAUAGCAUUCGGCGUAUGGGCGCAAACCCACUGCUGACCAUGAGAUUACACUAGAUUGUAAAUAAUUGUAUGUAAAACUUAACUUUUACUUAUUGUUAGAUUUAAGGACACACACACAACAAGAAACUGAA